UUUGUACGCGCAUAACGUUUUAAACAGCUUAGAUUUGUAACUCGAAUUAAUGGGAUCUCAAAAUCUUCUCGCUCUGCCUCUCAUUAAUUUUUCCGGGCAUGAACUGAAACCAGGCACUUUCCUAUGGGACUCAAUAAAAUCUCAAGUCCAUCAAGCUCUCCAAGAAUUCGGGUGUUUCGAAGCCUCAUUCGAUAAAGUCCCGUCUGAGCUUCGAAAAUCUCUGUUCACCGCAUUGCAGGAGCUCUUUGAUCUCCCUUUACAAACCAAAAUACGAAACUCCUCCAAAAUCCCUUUUCACGGCUACGUUGGACAGUACCCCAUGGUUCCCCUUUACGAGAGCAUGGGUAUCGAAGGUGCCCCCUCUCUCGAAGAAUCGCGAAAAUUCAGUAACGUUUUGUGGCCUCAGGGGAACCCUGCAUUCUGCGAGACUGUACAAUCGUUCUCGGAGCAGCUAUCUGAGCUAGAUCAGAUGGUUAGGACAAUGGUGUUAGAGAGCCUGGGCUUGAAAAAGUACUUAGAUGAACAUUUGGACUCCACGAAAUAUCUUCUUCGAGUUAUGAAAUACAAAGGACCCGAAACAGCUGAGGCGAAGCUUGGUUUAACUUCUCACACUGAUAAAAAUAUUGUAACGAUACUCUAUCAGAAUCAGGUCUGUGGAUUGCAGGUGCAAACUAGAGACGGCGAAUGGAUCACUGUCAAGCCUUCGCCUGAUUCGUUCAUAGUCAUGAUCGGUGACUCUUUUCACGCUUGGAGCAACGGGAGAGUAUAUUCCGCUUAUCACAGGGUGAUGAUGAGUGGAUCGGAGCCACGAUACUCGGUUGGAUUGUUUUCAGUACCGAAAGAGGGGUACAUAAUAAAAGCCCCGGAAGAGUUGGUGGACGAAGAACAUCCUUUGCUGUUUAAGCCAUUUGAUCAUGUGAAGUUUCUUGGCUUUUACUAUACAGAAGCUGGCCAGAAAUGUGAAUCUGCUCUUAAAACUUACUGUGGUGUUUGAUUCUCGGCUGGCUUCCAACGCGCGUAGGGCCGAUGCGAAACAACUUGAGUGUGUUUUAUAAAGUAUCUUGUACUCGUUUGUGUGUGUUUAUUCAUCUAGCAUCGUCCGUUAGUUUGUAGGCCGUUAGACCCUACCUAUCGAUUGUUUGUAACCAUCUUUCAAAAAUAUUAGAAUGAGUCGUUUUUCGCUGAUAAAUGUCUUCGAGCGGAAAAAGUCGCUCGUAGAUGGUUGCAUCAAUGGUUUGUCGGACCGGCACUGGUUUGUAUUUGUAGUACCUGGUUUGCUUUUGUUUUCAGUGCUUGGGUUGUUUGUACUUUGAUGGAACAUAUUUCACUGUUGAGUUUGAUAUAUAAGCACUAAAUUUAAAUUAUUAUAAA